GUUUAACAUGCGUAAAGUGACAAAGGGAAAUGUAACUAUCAAAAUUUGGGACGUCGGAGGGCAGCAUAGGUUUCGUGCCAUGUGGGAGCGUUACUGUCAUGGUGUCUCUGCUAUUGUGUAAUGGGAAAACUGUCAAAUAAGUCCUCCUACUAUAACUAAAAAGUCAAUUGAGCCACGUACUAUUAAUUCAGUCAAUUAGAUCCUCUAACUAUUACAAAUCGUUCAAAUCAUACUUUCACUCUUUUUUAUAUUUUCUAUUUCCAUUUCUUUAUUUUUUCUUUUCGCGGCAGGCUUUCUUCGUCCAUCUUCAACUUCUUCCCAUCCUAUUGCUUCAGAUCCACUUGAUCUGAGCUUCCUCUUCGUUUUUCUGUUUAUACUUGGUAUUAUUUUUUUGUUCUUUUCUUUUACUUUAUAACUAUAUCUCCCCUCCUCCCUGAUUGGGCUCUAGCAACUUCUGGAAGCCGGCAGCGGACUCCGUCACUCUGGCAAAGGACUCCGAUCCGGCAACAUAAGAGAGAUUUGGAGAGCUAGCUAGUUAGAGAGGUCUUUCGUGCCAAAUAAGACAGAGAAACAAAAGGUAAAAGGGGGAAGAGGUCCUGAAUCCAAAGAAGAGAAGGAAAAACGAAAGAGAAGUAUUGAGGGAGAAGGGUAAGGAAAGAAAAGGGGGAAAUUGGGGGCAGCGUGUGGUUGUUGAGAUGGACCGCAAACUCACCGGAAAACAUGGAGAGGAAGAAGAAACUGACAGAGAGAAGGGAAAAGGGAAGAAAGACCGAAAGAAUAUAAGAAAUUUUUAUGUGGUUGAUGCCGCCGAUCGAGAUAGUGUUCCCAUAUCCCGGACUGAACUCCAUGAUCUCUUGACAAAGCCUUCACUGACCAGUAUCCCGUUACUUGUACUUGGAAACAAAAUAGACAAACCAGAAGCUCUUACCAAGCAGUAUCUCAUGGACCAAUUGGGUCUUCAAACAAUCAAGGAUAGAGAGGUCUGCUGUUAUAUGAUCUCUUGUACAAAUUCUGUAAACAUUGAUGUUGUUAUUGAUUGGCUUAUUAAGCAUGCCAAGACAACAAAGUGAAGCUUUUGGCCAAAGUAACAUGUAAAGCUGGUAUUCUUCACUAUUUUCAUAAAAUAAAUAAAAUAUGAAAUAAAUAUCACAAUGAUUGGCUUUUCAACAAUAAAUACACACAAAUAGAACGUGGAUCAUCUACACUGUGUAGGACUGUAGGUAGCAAAAAACAGACAGAAAUAAAAAUGUGAGGAAAAAGUUGAGAUGGCCAGUUGCCCUAGAA